AUUGGGUUUAGAGAAUAUAGCUAUACGAUGGACCAUAUCAACCAGUUUAUGUUCAAAACGUUAGCUGCUUUACCGUUUGCCGCAUCGUACUUGCCGUGAGGUGCAUAGCAGAGCGACAGAGACGAUACUCCGCCCUCUCUUUUUCCGCCACCGCCGUGUAUAAAUUUGAAGAAAGAGCGGCUGAAGUUGUGUAGUAUCAGAGAGAUGGGAGAUAUUUGGUGGUCACUUUUGGGGGCAGCAGUCCCUGUCGUUGUUGCAGGACAAGCAUUUAGAGUUAAGAAAAGGAAUGCAGAAGAGCAAAGGUUGAAGAGUGCAAGGGGAAGAGAAAGGAGUUCUGAUGAAAUUUUCGUAUGUGAAAGGGUCUGCACUUCAAAGAGGAUGUUGAAAAAGGUUGGCUCUUUCUCAAAAGAUCCAAUUCCUGAUACUUGUGUUACUGUUUGUGGUGUGUCCGAUCUUGACGCAUGUGCUGAAGCUUGUGCUCGCACGGUUUGUGUUAACCAACAUCAAGUACCUAAUUGGAAUGACACAUGUCUUAGGAGGUGUCAGAGUGAAUGCUUGAAACUCUCUUCUCAAUCUUCUCAGUAGUUAGUUGCAUUUAGGCAUUGGAAUGUGUAUGUAUAAUGAGUAUUGUUAUGAUGGUCAGUGUUUUGGCUCAUCAUUCCAACUCCAGAAUCUAGAUUUGUUAUAAAUUCUAUUGAAAUGCAAAUGGGGUUUUACUCAACUAGUGUCUAAUUCUUUUUGU